AUAAAAGCCGUGACAAGUAAUUGAAAACGGAGCUAGUAUCUUCGGAUCUAGGGGCAGAAGUGGAAAUCUGUAGAGUUGAGGUUUCUUGCUCUCUCUCUCUCUCUCCGUUACAUUUUUAUUCCGUCUCAUCGUCGGCGACCUCGCCGCCGGCGAAGGGACGCAACAAACCAGACCCUCGAGGUAUCCUCUCGUCGACAGGCGUCGUCCCUCCUCUCCCCCGCCCUCUACUGGCACUCGACUUCCCUCUAGUGGAGAUCGAUCCGGACUCGGAUAGACUGCUGCGGAUUUAUGUGCUGCGUGGUGCCCAGUGCCCUACAAAUCCAAUCUGCCCACGCAUAGUUCGAUUUGGCUUUCCUUAAGCAAGCAAGAUCAAUCCAGCCGAGGCGCGGGCGCAGUUUAUUUUCGAUUUUUUUUGGGAGGGCUUCAACUGACUGAUUGAACCCCAUGGCUGACGUUGGUUCCGCCCCUGGCGGCGGCGGGAAGCCUCCGCCGUACAAGGACCCCGACGACGGGAGACAGCGGUUCCUCCUCGAACUGGAGUUCGUGCAGUGCCUCGCCAACCCUACCUACAUCCACUAUCUAGCACAGAAUAGAUAUUUUGAAGAUGAGGCAUUUAUCGGGUAUCUCAAGUACCUUAAAUAUUGGCAGCGUCCGGAAUAUAUCAAAUACAUAAUGUAUCCACACUGCCUUUUCUUUCUUGAGCUCCUCCAAAAUGUGAAUUUCCGAAGUGCAAUGGCACAUCCAGCAAACAAGGAGCUUUCUCAUAGGCAGCAAUAUUUCUUCUGGAAAAACUAUAGGAAUAAUAGACUGAAGCACAUUCUACCACGCCCUCCUCCUGAGCCAACUCCUGUGCCUGCACCUUCACAAGCACCCACAACGGUGCCCCUACCAGCACCAGUGCCGACACCUGCAGUUCCACCAGUUCCUGCACCGUCAUCAUAUUUGCCACCUGUGGCAGCAGUUGGUGCAUCUGCAAUGUCUCCUAUGCAGUUUGCUGGAACUCCUGGCACCAAUAUCCCAAAGAAUGACAUGAGAAAUGCUAUGGGUAACAGAAAGAGAAAGAAAGACGGUUGAGGCUCUCAACAUGCUUUGCAGGAGAGCCACAUCCUCUUCUAUGGAUGGGCUAGUGGAAUAUGAUGAACAACUCAACAGCGAUCAGCAUUGGAUGCAAGCGCACAGUAGCCGAUUCUGCGUUUUUUUGUGUGUUAUAUUCGGACUUGUAGCUGUCGCCAAGUUAGAACAAAUACUGCUUUGUAACAGCUGUAGAUGUAACUUAAGAUGUCAAUAUGCUCCUGAUUAACUAAAUCAUUUACCUUGGCCUUGUCGAGGUAAUUAAAUCUUUUUUACGGUGAAA